AUGGCAGACAAGGUGCUUAGUCGUAAGGGCGACCUGAUUCGCGAUCAGCUCGAGAGCAACUCGGUGCCCAUGGAUUCGAAGGAUCCCAUGUAUGACAGCGAGAGAGAAGACGACAACUGCUUCUACCAAGUCAUAGAAGUGGCUGCUUGCGACUAUCGUUCAACCAUAAACAACCAGAGCUGCUUUUCUGUAUCACGGGCUUCUGGAAGUCUCGCACGGCCGGAAAAGACUGCGGAAGAGUUCCGCAUUGCCGUCGAUGAAAUGCUCAAGGCUUUCUUCGCGUGUGCGGACUCUGUAGACCUCGCCGCCUGUCUGCAAGCGCUGGAUUGCCGCUGCUACCAUGACGCAUUCGUGGUGUAUGCGGUCCGCGCCUCUCUAGAUCGGAGCACUGAAGAUCAGCGGCGCAUGAGCGCUGAGUUCGCCCUCCUCGCUGACAAGGGCCUUCUCACCAGGCAACAGCUGUGCAGAGCUUUCGAGAAACUCGUACAAAGCACAGAUGAUAUCGAACUUGACGUGCCGGAUGUGGCCAGUCGGCUGUUUGCCUUCAUCGAGUGCGCCUCUCUCGACAGCUGCAUCGGCGCAGAUGUUCUCAGUCGCCUUCCAACUGCCUUUGUCUCAAAACUGGAUCCUGCCGUUGUUGCGAGCAACAUUGUCGUGCAGGCAGCCGUGCGCCAGAUGCAAGAGUUCAAGGCGGCGCUUGCAGAGUUUCUAGAGGAUGUCUUUGAGAGCGAAGGCGUCCAGGAGGCGGAGCUCUUCCUCAACGCACAAGACAAACCGCUGUGCCAGCACGAAUUCGUUGUGAAGCUCGUGGUGGCGUCUUAUUCAAAGGCACCCAGGGACAGAGAGCUGGCGAGCAACAUCCUAGACCGUCUGUACGGGAAGACGCUGAAGCCAGACGAUCUGCAGGUUGGAUUUUCUCGUCUCGUUGGGGCAGUCGAUGACCUCGCGUUGGAUGUGCCUCAGGCCCACGAUUUCCUAACAAAGAGCCUUGCCAGGGCAGUGGUAGACGAGCUCUUACCCCCCGCGUUUCUAGGGGAUAGGUAUAGGCUGCACUUUGGAGGCGUAGGUGGCAUGCAAGUCCUCAAGAAGGCGCAGAAGUGGCUUUGCGAACAGCCAGGGAAGGCAGCCAGCGAACGUUUCAGAAAGAUCUGGACAGGAACGGACCCAACGAUGCGUGAAGCUCGCAUUUUUAAGCAUGAACUCAAGGCGUGUAUCCGCAAGUACCUUGAUACACUUGAUGCGGCUGAGGCGGCCAAGACCAUUAUCGACAUGAACCUGGCGCCUGACCAAGAUUCUGAAGUGGUGCGUAAGGCCUACAUCUUUUCAAUGGAGCGGUCCAAGGACCCCGAGCAAGCGGCGCAGGCGGUUGUAGGACUUCUCGAGCAGUUGCAGGCUCUAGGAGAACUCGACCAGGAGUGUAUUAUUCAAGGUUUGGCGCAGAUUCGAGACUUGCUUCCGGAUAUUGAACUGGACGUGCCCAACGCUCAGCAAAAGAUCUGCUACAUGGUCGCCGCUUCCCGGAAUAAAGGACUGCUUCCUGCAGACUAUGUGUUCGCGGAGGAAGCUGUUGAAGAUGGGCAAUGA